UCCUCCCGGAAAGUCUCCGGGAGGGGGUGAACAAUGUCCAUAGUUACGGUUCAGCUCGGGCAGUGCGGUAACCAGGUGGGUCACGCGCUGUUUGACGUCCUCUGCAGCGACGCUCAGGAGGGACAGAGGAAAGUGUUCAGCUCCUCCAGCUGUGAGAGGUUCUUCCACCAAACUGCACAUGGAGAUCUUGUAGCAAGAGCGGUGCUGAUUGACAUGGAGCCCAAAGCGAUCAACCAGAGUAUCAGCAGGGCUGCUAAAUCUGGCAAGUGGAGGUAUGGAGAGACUUCACACUUCAGCCAAAAGCAGGGAUCUGGGAACAACUGGGCCAAUGGGUACUGUGUGCACGGGCCUCGUCACAGAGAACGUGUGGAGGAGCUGCUGAGGCGAGAGGUGGAGCGCUGUGACAGACUGGCUGGACUCAUGGCCAUAAUGAGUGUGGCGGGGGGAACGGGGUCUGGAGUUGGUACUUAUGUUACUGAGUGUCUCCGAGACGUCUACCCCAAGUCCUUCAUCCUCAACCACCUCACCUGGCCAUACAGGACUGGGGAGGUGAUCGUCCAGAACUACAACUCUGUGCUGACGCUGGCUCAUCUCUACCAGCUGUCAGACGCCAUCCUGGUGCACGAGAACGACACGGUGCACAGGAUCUGCAGUCAGCUGCUCAACAUCAAACAAAUCUCCUUCGGUGAUGUCAACAGCGUGAUCGCUCACCAGCUGGGCGGCAUCCUGCAGCCCGCACUCACAGCUGACUCCUGCGGGGUCUACAGCAGAAAUCCUCUGGGUGAGUUGGUGAGCUGCCUCACGUGCCACCCGGAGUACAAGCUGCUCAGUGUGUCAACUAUCCCUCAGAUGCCCAGUUCCUCCAUGGCCUACAGCACGUUCAGCUGGCCAAGCCUGCUCAAACACCUACGACAGAUGCUCAUCUCCAACACCAAGAUGGAGGAAGGUAUAGACUGGCAGGUGCGUCCACCUGCAGGCGCCGAGCGGACCAGGACUCUCACAGGACCCAGCUUCAACACCUCUCUGGCCAACCUGCUCAUACUGAGAGGGAAAGACGUCUACAGCGCAGAGACAGGUCAGAGAACUGAUCUGAGAACUCCAAAUGUGGCUUUCGAGGACCCGGCCCUGUUCACCUCCUGGCUCUCAUCAGAAGACGCUGUCAACGUGUGGAAAACCCCAGUGCCUUUUAAUAAGUAUGAAAAAUGUGCUACGCUGGUCAGUAACAGUCAGGCUCUGCUCAGACCUCUGGAUAACAUGGUGGGGAAAGCCUGGAAUAUGUUUGCGUCCAGGGCCUACAUCCACCAGUACCUUAAAUUUGGGAUCUCAGAGGAGGACUUUCUCGACAGCUUUACGUCUCUGGAGCAAGUCAUCUCCAGCUACAAUCAACUGCGCUAG